AUGCAACCUUUUGAUCUACCUCUUCUGCUACAAAGAGUUGUAAAAAUGAUUUUUGAUCUACUUCUUCUGCUACAAAGGAUUGUAAAAAAUCUUAAACCAACAAGCAUUCCGGCAGUAGCGGUUCAAGCAUUAGAGCGCCAAAUCAGACAGACGCAAAACAAAGGCACAACGCUGCGGACAGCGAACAGAAAGAUGUCAGAAUCACAGAAAAAAGCAACUCCAUCUGCCAAAUCUAAAGAGAAAGGUUCACUGCUAGAUAUAGACAUUGGAGAUGACUUUCUUGGCUCAUGGAAGUCAAUGUCCAUGGCAGGCGAUGGAAUGGAUUUUGACUUUGGAACAACCACCAAAGGCAAGAAAAUGGAUUUCAAAUUUGACAAAAUGGAUAUGGAUUUCUCUCUUGAUGCUGACUUUGAUAAGUUGUCAUCUUUCAAGACAGACAUGUCUGAUCUUGAUAUAUCUUCUCCUAUAAAAAAAUCUGGAAAGUCAAAGGAAAAAUCCAAAGAAGCAUCUUCUGGUGGAGAGCGAGCAAAGAGAGAUGACUUUGCAUUCUCAUUUGAUUUUAAUGAGUUUCCAGAUUUAGACUUUGGGUCAACAAAGAAAAAGACAGAUGAAAAGUGUGAAAAAUCUGAAGAUAAGGAAGGUUCUGUAGACGUUUUGGAUAAAGAUGCUGAUGCAUUAAAAGAUGAUGAUAUAUCAUCAAAGCAUCCCAUAUCAAAGGCUGAUACUGAAAUGGAGAAUAUUAAGGAUCCUGAUCCCAGAAAUGAAGAUGACCACUUGAAAUCUGUAACAUAUGAAAGCUCAAAUGCUGAGGAACAUGAGAUACAGACAACACUUUCAUCUGAGAAGAUGAUUUCAUCUAGCCAUGAGGAACCAACCCAAGAAUCUCAUUCAUCAGAGGAGAGAUCUUAUUCAAAACCUCAAGCUCAAAAAGUUAAGCAAGAUUUAUUUGGUCAAUCUUUAGAUAAUGUUUCAGAAGAAGAAUCCGGAACUUCAGUAAGAAUUAUGAACACAAGCACAGGGAGUGAGCAGAGUGGUGAUGUUAGGCCUGUGAAUGAAGUGGUUACUAAUAGAAGUUUACUACUGGAAAAUCCAUCAGCACAUAUGAAUUCAGAAAGUCAAAAGAGGGAAAUGUGCAAGGAAAGGGAUCAUAAUGUCCUUAUUGGCCAUGUUGAUGAUGAUAAUAAAAGUAAAGAUGAUUCACAUCUUGAAAGUUCCAUGAAAACCGUGAAAGGCAAUUUGACUCUUGGGGAAAUGGUUGAUAAGAGGAAUGCAGAUUCAGUUUCCAAACUUCAUAUGGGCUUGCUGGAUGGUGGAACCACAACUAAUGAGCUGGUUUUAGAGAAAGAAAGAGGGAAUAUUCCUACCCGAUCAAAAUAUUUCAAGAAACAAAAUGGAAGUGAAUCUGAAAAGCAGCAGGCAUCAGUCUCUUCAACAAAACUCAUCUCUGUUGGCAAUAAAAGAAUGAGCACCUUACCAAAUAAUCCUCCACCUGGAAAAAGGGAGUUUGGUUCUAAGAGUGUAGAGUUUGGUAGCAAGUUUUCUGGUAUAUCAAGGCCACUACCCAAUGUGGUAAGCAGAAACAUUCCUCUUCAAACUAAGAACAUAGAGACAGGUCAUGCAAAUGUCAGUGAUAAUACUCGGGAAUGCUUGAAUGCUGAUAAUAUAAAACCGAGAAAUGAACCAAUGUCAACCACAAUGGCACAUAAUAUUGGUCCAACCAAGGAGGAACAUGCAUCAAGGGAAAGAGACCAAAAUAUCAAUGCACUCAGGUCUGAUGUCCAUCCAUCCAAUUCAGUGGAACAGUCAACAAAAGAUCUCCCACAGAAAAGCCUAAAUCCUGGGCUUCAAGCUACAAGCAUGAAAUCUACUUGUAACAUUGGGAAAACUGUUGUAGAAAAGAAGCAGAUAUCACCUGCUAAAGCUGAGAUUAGGGCAUCUCAAGCUUCUACUCUAAGGGUUACUAGAGCUACAGAACCAAAGUUAAAGCCACUCAGUUCUAUGUUAGCAAAGGGUCCUCCAUUAAUGGGAAACAAAGAGCAAGGUUUGGAAUUGCAAGGAAAAAUGGUGUUCAAGAGGAACCCUUCUGUUGACAUAAACAACCAAACACCAUCCACUCCAACUCUGAAGCGUAAAACAUUUGAGGCAUCUGUUGGAACACCAACAUUCACUCCAUUAAAGCGUCUCUCUACAUCACCCUACAGCAACAAUAUAACACCAUUAUCAGAAAAAGCUGUUGAGAAACAGAUUGGCAACCAUGCCAGCAUGGCAAAUGAGAAGUCGCCUAGGGUUGACAUUUCUACCCUUGAAAUGGAGAUAUAUUCUGCAUCAGAAAAUGAUGCCCUUUUUCAACAGGCUGAGGCAUGUUCCAAGGAACUUGAUGUUAUAUGUAACAUGCUGAAAAAGAAGCAUGAGGAGGCAAAGGAUAUACUUGUUCGAGCUAUUUACCUUUCUAUAAAUGAUGUUUCUGUAAGUUGCUAUGAUGAUAGAACAGGAGUUUUGUUUGCUUCUGUUCUGGUAGAAGAAUUGUCAGGCUGUGAAGAUUUCAGAAAAUGGCUAUACUGA